AUGGUCCACGCGUCUCUCCUGCUGCUCGCCACCGCAGCGCUCGUCGCGGCGUGCCCGGAGGACGACCACGCUCACGGCCAUGACGCGCACAUACACAAGCGCGCAUUCCCGCAGGUCCCGCUCACACCUCCCUCUCGUCCGCUCACAUGGGGAGACGUGAACAUCAUACACACGACGGAUAGCCACGGCUGGCUUCUCGGACACCAGAAAUCAUCAUGGCCCGAGCCUAACUAUAGUGGCGACUUUGGCGACUUCGCGUCGUUCGUUACGCACAUGAAGGCGAUUGCGAAGGAGAAGGAUGUCGAUCUAUUGCUCGUGGAUUCGGGUGACUUGCACGAUGGUACCGGUCUCUCCGACGGCUACCCUGCCGGCGGUGUGGAUGGUCAUGAGUCGAACAAGUUCUUCUCCCAGCUCCCCUACGACAUUGCUGCGAUCGGGAACCACGAGUUGUACAACUACUCGUACACCUUCGACAUGUACAAGAACACAGUGCCCAAGUUCCACGGCCGUUAUCUCUCCUCCAACGUUAACAUCACCGUGAACAACGUCAGCGUGCCUGUCGGCGAGCGCUUUGCCAAAUUCAAGACGGCGAAAGGGCGGAAGGUCACAGCGCUCGGCGUGUUGUUCGACUUCACGGGAAAUGAUGAGGGCACGUUCGUGCAGAAGGUAGAGAACAUGGUCAAUGAGACGUGGUUCCAUGAGGCAAUUGCAGACGAGCCUGAUUUCUUCCUACUUGCUGGGCACAUGCCGGUCUCCAACGACAAGUGGCCCGUGGUGUUUGACGCUGUACGCGCCGUGCACCCUACUACGCCUAUCUUGAUUCUUGGCGGGCACACACACAUCCGCGAUUGCAAUCAGCCCGACGGCCGCAGUAUGGCCCUUGAGAGCGGUCGCUACAUGGAGACCGUUGGCUGGAUGAGUGUGAAGCUCGACAAGAAGCACUCACACAGCGCGAACAACCUGACGUUCACGCGCCGGUACCUCGACCCCAACCGCGUUACCUACGAGUACCACACGCGUACCAGCAACCACUCCUUCGACACUCACCUCGGAACCUCUAUCACCAAGGGCCUGAACAAGCUUUCGGAGUCUUUCGACCUCACCGCCCUCUUUGGCACCGCUCCUCGCGACUACACCCUCAGCCGCGACCCGUACCCGUCAAACGGAUCUAUCCUUUCGCUCGUUGCAGACGAUGUUCUCCCUGUCGCUCUGUCCGUCAACAACACCCGCGCCGACAUCCCCAAGAUCGUCUUCCUCAACUCCGGCUCCUUCCGCUUCGACAUCUUUCAGGGCCCAUUCACGAAGAACGACCAGCUCACUGCGUCGCCCUUCACCGAUAGCUUCUUGUACUUGCCCAAUGUGACGGCUACUGCGGCUCAACAGGUUAUCAACAUCCUGAACGGGAUGGGCGAGCCUGAUAAGAAGCGGAAGAGAGCGCUGGUGGAGCGUGAGGAGGAGUUGUACAGCCGCGGCGUUGUCGCUCAGAGAUACAACGCGUGGCUAAGGGAGAUGUCCGAGCGCGAGACCAUUGAGCGCCGCGAUGCUGAGAACCUCACUCUCGGCUACGUUACGACCGACUCCUGCCCCGGCGUCGGCGACGACACCCCGCAUAUCGCCUUGCCAUUCUUCAGCUCGCCGGACUACGUCGCCUCGGCUACACCCGACGGCAUCGAUGCCAACGAACCCAUCGUAGACUUCGUUAUCGACGACUUCAUCAUCGACGACACGGUCAAGAUUCUCAACGAGGUGCAGACCGACAUCGUUUACUCAACGGAUCAGGCCGCGCCGUAUAGCCCGAUUCUGCUUUCGGAGGUUCUGGGCGUGUAUGCGCAGGUUGCUUGGAAUUAA